UAUUUUAAAAUAUAAUUAUCGAAACAAGAUGCCUGAGAUGCAAACAAUGUCAAUGAAAAAUCUUCGACCAAAAAUGAACAAUACCAUUUCUUCUUUAGACCUUCCGAAGAAAAAAUUAACUGAAGCUGACUUUGAAGCACUUCUUCAAGAAUUAGAUACCACGGAUCAUAUAAUUCCGUUGGAAGAUUUAUGCACGAAAUUAAAUACAAAUCCAGUUAAUGGUUUAACAGAGAAAAAUGCUCAACAAUUACUUAUCAAAUAUGGUCAUAACAUGUUAUCUCCUCCUAAGCAAACACCCGAAUACAUUAAAUUUUUGCUUUGCAUGUUCAGUGGUUUUGCAGCAUUAUUAUGGAUUUGCGCUGCUCUAUGUUUCUUAUUAGUCUUAAUCACUUAUUUAUAUGAAGAAGAACAAAGUGGAAUAGAAUGGUUAGGACUGAUAAUUGUUGCAAUAUGUCUCAUAUCUGGAAUAUGUGCUUUCGUACAGGAAAGUAAGAAUACAAAAGUUAUGGAAUCUUUUGCAAAAAUGGUACCUACUUUUGCAACAGUAAUAAGAGAUGGCAAAAAAAUACGUCUUGGUACCGAAAGAUUAGUGCUUGGCGAUUUGGUAGAGAUCAGACUUGGAGAUAAGAUACCUGCUGAUAUAAGGAUAAUUAAAUGUAGCGGGUUGAGAGUUGAAAACUCAAGCAUUACUGGUGAAAGUGAACCAGUUACUCGUACGGACUAUCCAACAGAUCUAAAUCCUAUGGAAUCUUCAAAUGUUGCCUUUUUCUCUUCAUUUGCUGUUGCUGGAGAUGGGAUAGGUAUAGUUAUUGCCACAGGAGAUGACACAAUGAUUGGAAGAUUAGCAGGAUUAACGUCACAUUUACAAAGAGUUGAAACACCGAUUGCUAAAGAAAUCAAACAUUUUGUUCACAUUAUUACAGCAGUCGCUGUCGUUUUUGGUUUAGUUUUCUUCGUAAUUUCUCUAAUAUUAGAACCAAACAUGAUCAAAGCUUUCACAUAUCUACUUGGUAUUGUUGUAGCCAAUGUGCCAGAAGUCUUACUAAUAACGGUAACUACAUGUUUGACAUUGACUGCCACAAAAAUGGCUAAUAAAAAUUGUCUGGUAAAAAAUCUGGAAGGAGUAGAGACUCUUGGAUCUACUUCAACUAUCUGUUCUGAUAAGACAGGAACUCUUACUCAAAAUAAAAUGUCAGUGUCACAUUUAUGGUUUGGAUAUAACAGAUUUACUUUCUCACCAAUAGAAAAAAUUGGUGCAGAAAAAGAUUUAUUGUUGGAAAAGCCUGCUUUUAAUUAUUUCUUGAGAGAUGCCACUCUUUGUUUACGAGCUCAAUUUACAGCAGAAAGUACACUUUUAGUACCAAUAGAACAACGUGAUGUUAUAGGUGAUGCUUCAGAAACUGGUAUACUUCGUUUCUGUGAGCACAUACAUUUUACAGAUGCAUUUCGUGAAAAAUAUCCAAAGGUUGCUGAAAUUCCUUUCAAUUCUACUCUCAAGUAUCAAUUGUCCAUACACCAUGAUGUUGAUUCAUACACAUUGAUUAUGAAAGGUGCUCCAGAAAUAAUCUUGGAUUAUUGCACUUCAAUACUAACUAUGGAGGGUCUAACCAAACAAAUAGAAACAACUGAUUUACAAUCAGUAAAACAUGCCUGUACAGAAUUAGGAUAUCUAGGUGAACGAGUAUUAGCUUAUUGCGAUCUUCAGUUACCUGGAACUGUAUAUGACUCUAAUUACAUAUUUAACACAGAUUCUCCUGAUAAAUAUAACUUUCCAACUAAAGGUUACAGAUUUGUUGGUCUAAUUAGUUUGAUAGAUCCACCUAGACCUAACGUACCAGAAGCAGUUCAAAAAUGUCGUACAGCUGGUAUAAAAGUGAUCAUGAUAACUGGUGAUCAUCCAAUAACAGCAAUGGCUAUUGCUAGAAAAGUUGGUAUCAUAAGUGAAGGACAUGAAACUAAAUAUGAAAUAACUUUGCUGUAUGAUAAUCAACAAUCUUUUACUGCAAUACCUGAUAUUGUAACAGAUGCUAUAGUCUUAACAGGCUCAGAAUUAAGAAGUAUGAGCAUCGAUGAUCUGGAUAAUAUUAUUAGAAAUUACGAAGAGAUUGUGUUCGCUCGUACCUCACCACAACAGAAAUUGAUGAUAGUAGAAAGUUGUCAAAGAUUAGGAGAAAUUGUAGCUGUUACUGGGGAUGGUGUAAAUGAUGCACCUGCUUUAAGAAAAGCUGAUAUAGGAGUGGCAAUGGGAAUCACUGGUUCGGAUGUAGCUAAAAAUGCUGCAGAUAUGAUACUGAUGGAUGAUAACUUUGCGUCCAUCGUUACGGGAAUAGAAGAGGGUAGAUUGAUAUUUGAUAAUCUAAAAAAAUCCAUUGCUUAUUCAUUAACAUCUAGUAUACCUGAAAUGUUACCAAUGUUAGCUAGUCUUAUAUUUGCAAUUCCUUUACCAUUUAUUAUUGAAAUGGUACUCUGUGUUGAUGUUGGAACCGAUUUAAUUCCUGCUAUUUCAUUAGCGUACGAAAAAGCAGAAUCAGAUAUUAUGAAACGAGCACCGAGAAAUCCUCAAUACGAUAAACUAGUUAACAAACGUUUAAUAUCUGUUGCUUAUGGUCAAAUUGGAAUGACUCAAUCUGCAGCAGCUUUCUAUACCUAUUUUAUGGUUUUAAUGUUGAAUGGUUUCUUACCGCAUAAACUGUUAGGAUUAAGAUAUGAUUGGGAAAACAGGGCUAUUAAUGAUCUUGAAGAUUCUUAUGGACAAACAUGGACUUACAAAGCUAGAAUGGAUUUACUUAACGAAGCACGCACGGGAUAUUUUCUUUCUAUCGUUAUAACACAAAUGGUAGAUUUAGUAAUGUGUAAAACAAGACGUAAUUCUAUUUUUCAACAAGGAAUGGACAAUUGGUUUUUAAACUUUUCUUUUGUAUUCGAAAUUAUUAUAACAGGAAUGUUUUUAUAUAUACCAGGAACAGCAAAAAUAUUGAAGACUAUGCCUUUAGAUAUUUAUUGGUAUUGGCCUUCCCUACCACUAGCCCUAUUUCUUUGGGUCUAUGACGAGCUUAGAAGACUUUGUAUUCGUUUAUUUCCAGGAGGCAUUAUCGAACGGGAAACGUAUUAUUAAUUUUUUCAUUACAA